GGAAAUUAUACUCAUCAUAUUUAUAUGAUUGUCCCUGCGAUAUCCUCUCGGAUGCUAGUGACAUAUGACGAAAAUUUGGAGCCACUUACAGUUUCUGUCAGAGUUGGUCAGGCUGUUGACUUGGCUGGACAAACAGGAACCAAGCGCUCGAUAACAGGAUUUCAAACUCACAAUACUCCUGUUUUGUUGGCUCAUGGACAGAGGGCAGAGUUAGUUACUGAUGAAUAUAUUCCAUUGACACCAUAUCUUGAGGGAGUGGUCAUUCUUAAAAGAAAUCCUGACUAUGUCUCACGUUAGAUUUUUGUCUUUGAUUUCAUUAC